GGCGUCCCCCCGCAGGUGAACAAGGGCGAGCUGCUCUCCCCCCGGCGCCUUCCCGUGGUUUGUGUAAAGUCAUUUCAUUGUUUGUUUCACAGAAAAGGAGCAGCAGCUGCAGAAGAGCGUUUUGUGAAUAGUUUGGAGCCGGCGAUGGCGGCCCGGAUGGACGAGGAGAGCCUGCAGGAUCUAUACUCCUGGGUGGACACCUUCCAUCUGUCCAGGGCCAAGCGCAACGUUGCCAGGGACUUCAGUGAUGGAGUUUUAAUUGCUGAAGUGGUGAAGUUUCAUUUCCCCAAACUGGUUGAGAUGCACAACUACACACCAGCAAAUUCAACACAGCAGAAAUUGAACAACUGGGCUCAUCUGAACAGGAAGGUUUUCAAUAGACUCAACUUCUACAUUCCCGAUGACGUAGUUCGCAAGGUUGCCCAGUGUUCCCCAGGAGUUGUGGAGCUCGUGCUGAACACAUUACGGCUGAAGAUCGUGGAGAAGCUACAACAGAAAAAGAAUAAGGUGGCUUCAUCACCACAGGACCUUACGUAUUAUAACACAGCAAUGGAGCAAGACUCAGGUCAGUUUCAAACAUCACCACGGUCUAAGGAUUAUGCAACAUGGGACCAUCAUUAUAAUCAACUACAAGCUGACCAUCCAGUAUCAAGUCCAACAAAGGCACAACCUGGAUGUGCACAGAAAAGCCAACUAAGCCCAGAGAUACGCAUCUUGAUGGAGGAGAAGGAACAGGCCCUGCUGGCUUUUCAGGAAACUGUUCAGAUACUCCAGGUGAAAGUUCGCCGACUUGAGCAUCUUCUGUACUUGAAAAACGUUCGAAUCGAUGACCUCACACGACGUGUGCAACAAGCUGAACACAGAUGAAAGUACCUGUGCAUUCUCCUCCCAUCUCAGCCAUGACAACCGUGUUUAAAACUCUUACAGAUCAGUGUUUUAAAGGAUAAGGAUAACAAAAGUCGGUGAUAUUUCCCAGCCUAACAGAAGAUGUGUAGCAGAUACUUAAUGAGUAUAAUGAAACAUGGCAGCAGUUGUGUAAUUCAGGCAAUGUGGCCAAGCCUGAACCUAUUCUCACCUGACAUUGACAUUUAGGGACCCCGUCAUUAAACUGCUAGGUUGUGACAAUUAUUUUCCCAUAUCUAAUUCAGUAUGCUGAACCUUUUUAUAUAAUUAUCUCUCUUAAAAUUCAUUAAUAGGGUGUCACUGUCUAGGUCAGCAUUUUUAUUACCUAUCCCAGCGAGCAUUUAAGAGUCAACCACAUUCUGUGUGGGUCUGGAGUCACAUGUAGGCCAGAUCAGGUAAGGAUGGCAGUUUCCUUCCCAAAAGCACAUUAGUGUACCAGAUGGGUUUUUCUUGAUAAUCUGCAAUGGUUUCAUUGACAUCAUUACACCCUUAUUUCCAGAUUUGUAUUGAAUUCAAAUUCCACUAUCUGCCAUUGGCAGGAUUGAACCCAGGUCCUCAGGACAUUACCUGGGUUUCUGUAAUAACAGUGUAGCAAUAAUACCAUUCAGACCACUGCCUCCCCUUAAAUCAGAAGGAUAACUGAGAUCAUCAUGCUCAGAAUCAACCUUUAGAAUGAUGAGCUAAACUCCGACACAUUAUGUGCCACAAAACUAUAAUGGAACCUAGUGAUUGUGUCACCUUUACAGCUCUCAUUUCAGCUAUUAUUAUGAUAAUAGUGGUUUAUCACAAGAUAUGACACAGAUGAGAAGGCCCUUUAUCUCACUGUAACAAAUGAAGUACAUUUGUACUCUCAAAGACCCUACAAUUUUCCUGUCAUAUCGUCUGUUUCUAAAAUUACUCCAGUGUUUUUGAUUCCACUGUCUCAUCAGGGCAUCAACUCCAAGCAUUGAUCAUGCUUUUUGAAGGAAAAUCUUCAAGGCACCAGUCAUUAACUUGUUUCCAUCUAAUUUGAUUCUCUCCUAACCACCAAGUCGCCACCAUUAGUUUGAAAUCAUCCCACAGGUUUAAAUUUCCACACAAUUUAUUUUCUUGCUCACUAUGAUGAGGUUAACAGUUGUGGUCACCUUUUUUCAAGGGUGAAAAGAUUGUGCUGCUCCCAGGGUAUAAGGACAUAGACGUAGGAGCAGAAGUCGGUAAUUUGGCCUGUCAAAUCUGCUGUACUAUUCAGUGAAAUCAUGGCUGAUCUGAUAAUCCUCACUUCCAUUUUCUGUCUUUUCCUCAUAACUCUUGAUUUCCUUACUACUAAAAAUUUGUCUUUCUCAGCAUUGAGUACAAUUGACAAUACAAGCAUCUGUAAUAGAGAAUUUCACAGAUCCACCACUCUCUGAGAGAAGAAAUUCCUCCCCAUCUCAGUCUUAAAUAGAUGGCCCCUUAGUCUGAAAUUAUGCCCUCUGGUCGUGAACUUUAUCACAAGGAAUCAAACCUCUCUGCAUUUACUCUGUAAAGCGCAAUAAGAAUCUUAUAUGUUCCAUAAGGUCUCUCUCAUUUUUCUCUACUCCAAUGAGUAGAGGCUUAACCUACUUAAUCUGUCCUCAAAAGAAAAUCUCUCCAUUCCCAGGAUCAACCUAAUGAACCUGCCUUCAAGCCCGUAUAUCUUUCCUUAGAUAAGGGGACCAAAACUGUUCACAGUAUUCCCGUUGUAGUCUGAACUAUUGCCUGAUACAGUUUUGGCACAGUUCCCUUCUGUUUAUACUACUUUCCCUUUGGAUUAAAGACCGACAGUCCAUUUGCCUUCCCUGUUAACUGCUGCUAGCUUUUUGUGAUUCAUGCAUACGGACCCCUAAAUCUCUCUUUGUCGCAGCUUUUUGCAGAGUUUCUCAAUUUAAACAACAUUCAACUCCUCUAUUCUUUUACCAAACUUCACAUUUUUCCACAUUAUCUUCCAUCUGCCAAGUUUUUGCACACUUCUUAACCUGUCCAUGUUCCUCUGGAGACUCUUUUUAUCAUCGUCACCACUUGCUUUUCCGUCUAUUUUAGUGUCAUCACAAAGUUCCUGAUAAUAUGUUUACUCCCCACAUCCAAGUUAUUAAUGUAUAGUGUAAGUAAUUGUAGUUCUAGAACAGACCCCUGUGGUGCACCACUAUUUACAAGUUGCCAUCAUGAAAAUGCACUUUUAAUCCCAACUCUCUGUCUUGUAGCCCUAACCCUAACCCUAUCCCAGUGCAAUGGGCUCUUACUGAGUAGCAUUAUAUGAGGUACCUUUUGAAAAUCCAUAUAGAGUCCAGUAACUAGUACCCCUUUGUCAAUCCUGAUUUUCUUCUCCUCAAAGAAUUCUAAUAAAUUUAUCAGGUAUGAUUUCCUAACCACGAAGCUAUGCUUCCCUGCUUAAUUGUAUUAUUCAGUUGUAAAUGCUCUGCUAUUACAUCCUUUAUCAUGAUUAUUGUGGAGCUAACUUCUCUAUGGUUACCGUUUUUCACCUCCUUUUUUUUGAACAAGGGUGUUACACUGGCAGUUUACUAAUUCUUGAAAACUUUUUCAGAAUUAAAAGAAUUUCAAAAGAUUAGAACCAGUGCCUUCAGCAUCCUAGGAUGCAGCCCAUCAGGUCCAGGGGAUAAGUCGGCCUUUAGUACCAUUAGUUUCCUUAUUGCUGUUUUUCUAGUUAUAGUAAUUGCAUUUUUUCCUCCCUAUGUUUUCCCCUUUCUUUAGUGUUUUUGAAAUGCUAUUGAUAUCCUUUACUGUGAAGAUUGAUACAAAGUAUUUACUCAAAUGCUCUGCCAUUUUAUGGUUCCAUUAUUAUUAUUCCAGUCCAUAGUCAAAGUGACCUAUUUUAUAUUUAAAGAAGCUCUUACUGUGCAUUUUUAUGUUACUCACUAGUUUAUCCUCAUAGUUUAUUUUCUACCUUUUUCUGUAUAUCUUUUGUUGGCCUUUAAAACUUACUCAAUCCUUUAAUUUAUCACUAAUCUUUGCAACAUUGUACGUUUUUCCUUCAAUUUAAGCUAUCCUUAAAUUCCUUGGUCAACCAGUGUUGAAUUAUCCCCUUCCUAGCAUCCUUCUUCCUCACUGGUCAAAGUCCUAGAACUCCCUCCCUAAUGACAUUGUGGGUAUACCUGCAUCAAAUGGAUAGCAGUGGUUCAAGAAAA